AUGAUUAAAAAGAUCGGAAACCAAUGCUUUGCGCGAAAUCUUUCACAAGACAUACCGCACGAGUCGUUGACCACAGAAUUGUUCACAUCAUUCAUAUCGACUCUAAGGCCAAAUGUGCCCGAAGUGAACAUCAGACGACACGACCCGACCUACCAUUCCUCCAAUCAAACCAUCAAAAUCGGGUAUUUAACUAAUAUUCACGGCCGACAGAAUGUCCAGAGACAGGGUAUUGUCAUAUCCGGUGCCAUCACUUACGCCAUCAACAAAAUCAACACAGACUCGUCGCUACUGAAUGGCCGUAAGCUGGAAUUGGUGUUUAACGACACCAACGGCACGACCAUCGAUGGGACGGCUGCCAUACUGUCCCAAUGGCGUCAGGGAGUGGUGGCCUUCUUCGGCCCGGAGGACUCGUGCGAAGUGGAGGCCACCAUCGCAGCCGCCCUUCAGUUGCCUAUGAUUUCGUACAAAUGCGCCGAUUCUAAGGUCUCCCGCAAAGACAUAUACUCGACGUUCGCCCGCACCCACCCUCCCGAUACACAAAUCGUGCGGUCAGUCAUAGCGUUGCUCUCAUACUAUCACUGGACUAAGUUCUCCAUCAUUUGGGAAAAUACUCCGCAAUACAAGACUGUGUUCAAGAGUCUGACACAACAGGCGAUGGCACAGGACUUUGUCAUCAACAGUGAUAGGAGUUAUGAGAAUUACUACGACUGCUGUAUAGCACUCCUUCCCUGUUGUAGGUCAGCCUUCCUCGACAUCGUCGAAGAGACCUACAGAGGGACCAGAGUUUACGUGUUUUUGGGCAAAUCAUAUGAUUUGCAUCGAAUGAUGUUAGUGUUGAGAAUGAGAGGGCUGUUCGAAAAGGGCGAGUAUAUUGUCAUAUACCCUGAUCUCGAGGAAGAGUACAUCGAAUCGCAGUCUUAUAAAUACAUAAACACGAGGUUGGAUCUCCCGGAAGACGAGAAACGGGCCCUCAAUGAGGCGGCGCAGUCCCUACUGGUGAUAGUCCCGAGUCCUCCCAACGGAACCGAUUACUCGGACUUCGAGAAAAGAGUGCACGAAUUCAACGCUAAGCCGCCCUUUCGGUUCAAAGAGAUAGCCUUUGGAAACAUCAAACUCAAGCGACACAUCACUAUCUAUGCCUCAUAUCUAUACGACUCAGUUAUGUUGUAUUGCGAAGCGUUGUCUCAAGUCUUGAAGGAAGGCCUCACAGAAUACAACGGAAAUGCAAUCAUUCGCCGCAUUAUUGAGAAGAAGCGUUAUCUGAGUGUAAGAGGGAAUUGGAUGAACAUCGAUGAGAACGGCGACGUUGAGGGCAACUACACGGUGUUGACGCGAAAGCCCACUCCGGACGACCUGCAGAUUAAAGGAGUGAACGGCUCUCAGAGGCCGGCAUUCGUCAUGUGGCCAGUCGGCAAUUUUGAAUACGAGGAGCAUAUGAACAGAACUGUUUUGAAAAUCGAUGGCGACAUCAAAUGGGUGAACAAUAAUCCACCACUUGUUGAGCCUCCCUGUGGUUUCGAUGGCAGCCUUUGUCUGGAUUUGGUGGACAAUCGUAGAGAAGUGAUCGCUGGUGUACUGAUGGGUAUUUUGGUGACUGUGGCCAUCAUAACGGCAGUCACUUAUAGGAACUGGAAGUAUGAACAGGAGAUCGCCGGUCUUCUCUGGAAAAUCAAUUUGAAUGAAUUGAUGAUAGAUUCUGGGGCUCAUCCCUUGGGUGCCAGUCAGAUGAGUAUUGCAAGCCAGACAUCAGUAGAAUCCCGGUUCCAUAAUAACCAGGUAUUCACUCAGAGAGCUAUAUAUAGGGGAGCCUUCGUUGCCGUCAAACAUCUGAAACCUAAUCGAAGAAGUUUUGAUAUUUCGAGGAAUAUUAAGAAAGAGAUGAAACUCAUGAAAGAGUUAAACCACGACAAUAUCAACCAAUUCAUUGGCGCCAAUAUUGAACCAAAUUCUGUGUUAAUUGUCACCGAAUACUGUGGCAAAGGAAGUCUGUACGACAUCCUCGAGAACGAAGACAUUAAGAUUCCCGAAUCAUUUCAGACAUCAUUUGUCUUUGAACUCAUCUCCGGUAUGACAUUCCUUCACGAGUCGGAUAUCAAAUUUCACGGAAACCUCAAGUCAUCUAAUUGUGUGGUCACCAGUCGAUGGGUUCUGCAGAUCACUGAUUUUGGUCUUCACGAGUUGAGAGCCAACUCGGAGAUUGACUUCAAUGUGGGAGACCUAUACAGAAGCCAAUUGUGGAAAUCGCCGGAACUGUUGAGGAAUUGUAUGAUUAGAGGCAACCAAAAGAGUGAUGUCUAUGCGUUCGCCAUUAUAUUGCAUGAGAUAAUGGCCAGAGAGGGCCCAUUCGGGCUCAAUGAAUACUAUGAACAUCUGACCAGUGAACAAAUUGUGCAAAUGGUUAAGGAGUACGAUAGGGAUGAGCCGUUCCGGCCAGACAUCUGUUUAGUUCAGUGUCAGGACUUUGUUAUACAAACAAUGCAGGAGUGUUGGAGCGAAAAGGCCGAUCAGAGGCCCGACUUUCGCACCGUUCGCUCGAAACUUAAGAAACUACGACAGGGCAGCAAACAUCAUAAUAUAGUGGACGGUAUGAUCGUUAAGCUCGAGACGUACGCCAAUAACUUAGAGGAAUUGGUUGACGAGAGAACGGGUCAACUCAGGGAUGAGAAGCUUAAGACGGAAGCCCUAUUGCAUCGAAUGCUUCCCCAGUCAGUGGCCGCACAGCUUAUGCGCGGCGAACCCGUCAGACCCGAGGCUUUCGACGCCGUCACCAUAUUUUUCAGUGAUAUUGUAGGCUUUACCCACAUGUCUGCCACCAGUACUCCUAUGGAGGUCGUGAAUUUUCUCAACGAUUUGUAUACACUCUUCGAUUCAAUUAUAUGUCAUUACGAUGUCUAUAAAGUAGAGACUAUAGGCGACGCAUAUAUGGUGGUCAGUGGUCUGCCUGAGAGGAUUGGCGACCGACACGCCAAAGAGAUAGCAUCCAUGGCUCUGGAAAUGUUGGAAUCGGUGAAGACGUUUAAGAUCAGACACCGACCCGAAGAUAAAUUGCAACUCCGUAUUGGCAUACAUACGGGGCCAGUAGUAACCGGAGUUGUGGGUCGGACAAUGCCUAGAUAUUGUCUUUUUGGUGAUACCGUUAAUACCGCCUCGAGAAUGGAAAGUAAUGGCGAAGCCUUGAGAAUUCAUAUAAGCCCUCAAUGUAGAGAUUAUUUGGUCAAAAUUGGUGGUUAUCUGAUCGAGGAAAGGGGUUUAGUGCCGAUGAAGGGCAAGGGUCAGGUGAGGACGUAUUGGCUGCUAUCGCAUACGGAGGGUCCGAUGCAUAGGCGCGAGUCAGCACCGGACGAUUUGCUCAAAGUGCCAAACUUUAUAUACUCAUCCAAUGAUAAUAAAAAGCGGAACGCUAUGGGAGGCGCCGGUGGCGGCGGGUUUCUGCCGCGAAAGGGAUCACUCAUAGGCUUCAAAGGCGGCUCCAAUCUUCAUCUCUCGACCACACGUUUGCCAGCCUUUCAUCGGCUAAAAGGACUCGACUCUAACGGUUCCCUCCGAACCGCCAACAGUCCGAAGCAA